UCGCUGUUGUCUGAACAUAGUGAUAGUGAUACCUGCCUGGUGAUAAUAAACAGCUCAUUUCACUGUUAAAAUUCUGGUCUUAUACAUACAAUUAGUAAAAAAUACCCUAAAAUUGACAAAAUGGUCAACGGUCGGGCAUUGCAUUUUGUUUUCAAAAUCGCGGAACGUAAAUUAACAGCAAAAUUCUACCGUGAAAUUCUCGGAAUGAAGGUCCUCAGACAUGAGGAAUUUUCCGAAGGAUGUGAGGCUGCUUGUAAUGGGCCUUAUGCUAACCGAUGGAGCAAAACUAUGAUAGGAUAUGGACCAGAAGAUACUCAUUUCGUGAUUGAAUUAACGUAUAAUUACGGAAUUAAUUAUUAUGAACCUGGAAAUGAUUUUCGUGGGAUCACUAUUCGUUCUAAGGAAGCAAUUCAAAGGGCCAAAGCUGAUGGUUGGCCCGUGAAAGAAGAAAAUGGAAAAUUCAUAUUGGAGGCUCCUGGUGGUUAUAAAUAUAAUAUUAUCGAUGAACCACAGCCCACAGAUAAAGAUCCAGUGGAAAAAGUAACUUUAGCCAGCUCAAAUCUCGAACGCAGUAUUUCUUAUUGGCAAGGAAUUUUGAAUUUAAAUGUCUUCGAGCAAAAGGAUAAAAGUGUUCUCUUAGGCUUUUCAAAGGAACAAACCAAGUUGGAACUGGACGACAUUGGUGCCAAAGUAAAUCAUGCAAAAGCUUAUGGUCGAAUUGCAUUUGCUGUUCCAUUUGACGAGCAACCUGUAAUUCAGAAGAAAAUCAAGGAAAGUGGAAACAAAAUUUUAACAGAUUUGAUCACUUUAGACACUCCUGGAAAGGCUUCGGUUCGAGUAAUUAUACUUGCUGAUCCGGACGAUCACGAAAUUUGUUUCGUCGAUGACGAAGGAUUUCGAAAACUCUCAGUGCCUGAUUAUCCCAGUGAAAAGAUUUUGGAUAGAUUUAUAGCAAAAGAAGAAGCAGCUAGUCCAGAUGAAAUAAAAAAAACUGCAGCAUAAAAAAUCGUGAACUAUAUGGGUGCAAAUUGAGAAAAAGGAAAUUUGUGAAAAACAAUUUUCUUUAUACUGUACUUUAAGUAUUUUAUUGAGAUUUUCUACUCUUAUAUAUUUUGAUAACUUGAUUCAAAAUUUAGAAUUUAGCAGUUAAAAAAAUAGUUUAACUAUUAAUGUGAAAGCGAUGUAGAUAUAUUUAUUGAAAGGUGGCGGUACAAAAUGUAAAAAA